CAUAAGACUAAGACAACGACAAAGAAACGACACUUCAGUGGAGACACGAACCAAACAAAUGGUGACAAAAGUGUGGAUCAAUUGACCGCAGAUUCAGUGGUGACCACAAACAGCAAAGAGUUGGCCAUCAGUUCAAUCAAAUGCAAACAAUUGAGUCAAUGGUUUGUCUCACAAUUCACGUGCCAUUCCUCUGAGUCGAAGUUUCUGCUUCUGAACGGCCCGACCGGCACUGGCAAAACGACUUCUUUGAAAGUGUUGGCCAAAGAGAUGGAUGUGGAAGUGAUUGAAUACAAGACUUACAGCCAAUACUAUGAGACCCUUGUGGACGACCACUUGCAGGAAAGGCAGCAAAAUAUGCUAAUACUUCAGAAUCAGAUCCAAAACUUCAGAAGUUUUAUUCAAGUAUCCGUCAGAUAUGGCAGAAGUCGACUGUCUGUGGAGUCAACCGACAGCCAAAUGGGAUCUCCUGUCGGAUCCACACAAUCGAAAGCAAACCAAACCUCAAAUGGAGUCAAGAAUCGACUGAUUCUUGUCGAAGAGUUUCCAAAUGUGUUUUACAGCAAACCGGAAGCGUUUCACAAAGAGCUCCGGUUCUUGAGCCGCAAUUUUGCCACUCGUUUGGUGCCCAUUGUGUUCAUAAUCUCUGAGAAAAUC